AUGGGAUUUUCUGUAUUUUCUCGAGUAUCAAGGUUUUCUAGUUCACGUGAAAAGAAAAAUAACAACUUGGCAUAUAAUAACAUUUUUUUAUCUUCCAUGAAUCCCAAACAGGAAAGUCCUCAACUUCCUGGAAUUGCUCCUUAUAGAGUUGUCUUGGGAAAUGUAAAGGAUAAGCUUGAGAGGAGCCGUAGACGGUUAGAACUUCUUCUUGAGGAUGUUGCAUGUGACUACGAUCCUUUGGAUUAUUAUGAAACUGCUGACCAGCUUUUGGAACCUCUGCUUCUCUGCUAUGAAUCUCUGCAAUCAUACGGAUCCGGGGUGCUAGCUGAUGGUCGACUUGCUGAUCUCAUUCGUAGAGUUGCUACCUUUGGAAUGGUUCUAAUGAAGCUUGACUUGCGCCAGGAAUCAGGGAGACAUGCUGACACGCUUGAUGCAAUCACAACGUAUUUGGAUAUGGGUACUUACAGUGAAUGGGAUGAAGAAAAGAAAUUAGAUUUCUUAACCAGAGAGCUGAAAGGGAAGAGGCCACUAGUUCCUGUCAGUAUAGAGGUCCCGGCUGAUGUUAAAGAAGUCUUGGAUACAUUCCAAAUUGCUGCUGAACUAGGGAGUGAUUCACUUGGAGCUUAUGUGAUCUCUAUGGCCUCAAGUGCAAGUGAUGUUCUUGCAGUUGAGCUUUUACAAAAGGAUGCACGGCUCGCUGCUACUGGAGAGUUGGGAAGAGCAUGUCCUGGUGGAACGUUGCGGGUUGUCCCUCUAUUUAAAACCGUGAAGGACCUAAGAGAAGCUGGUUCAGUUAUCCGGAAACUUUUAUCAAUAGACUGGUACCACGAACACGUCAUUAAGAAUCACAACGGUCAUCAAGAGGUUAUGGUUGGAUAUUCUGAUUCUGGUAAAGAUGCUGGACGCUUCACUGCUGCAUGGGAACUUUACAAAGCUCAGGAGGAUGUUGUUGCUGCUUGCAAUGAUUACGGUAUUAAAGUUACACUGUUCCAUGGCCGUGGAGGCAGUAUUGGCCGGGGUGGUGGCCCUACAUAUCUGGCUAUUCAAUCCCAGCCACCCGGAUCUGUGAUGGGCACACUUCGGUCUACUGAGCAGGGAGAAAUGGUAGAGGCCAAGUUUGGGUUACCACAGAUAGCUGUUAGACAACUUGAAAUAUACACAACCGCAGUACUACUCGCAACUCUUCGUCCGCCUCUCCCAUCAAGUUGUGGUUGGAUUCAUAGAAUCUGA